CGUUAGCAAACACCACAGAGGCUUGUUUUCUCCGAGUGAAAGAAGAAAGAAGAAGGAAAGGUGUGGGAAACUGGGAUAAUGUGGAAGAAAGGAUACUCCCCACUUCAACUCACACUCCCAUUCAAUAGGUGGCGGAAAUGCACCUGAAAGUUGGUUGCCACCCGCCAAUUAAACGACUAAAGAAGAAGAAGAAGAAGAAGGAGGAAUCGUUCUUCAUCAAAACUCACACAAAGACAUUGAAUGAGGUGAUGGAGGUCCCUGGGUCGGACAGCGACUGGAGGAGCGCGCAGUUUCGGCAGAAAGUCGUGGCUCAGAUUGAAGAGGCCAUGAGGAAGGCAGGAACUGUCAACACGACACACAAGUCUGGGACUGACAUGGAGAACCAUGUUUACAUGAAAGCCAAAACCAGAGAGGAGUAUCUGUCACUGGUGGCGAGGCUGAUCAUCCACUUCAGAGACAUUCAUAAGAAGGCUCUCGGAGGACCAGAUCCCAUGAAUGCCCUGACUAACCUGACAGGGGUUGGAGGGGGCCCAGGCACCAUUGGCAUGGGGCCUCGCCCCCCUGGAGCUCCAGUGGGUGGCAUGGGGGCCAUGGGGCCGAUGCAGAUAGGUCAGCAUGCCAUGGCAGGGGUGACUGGAAACCCACAAGCCAUAGGGGGGCCAGGUCAGAUGUCUGUGCAGCAGAUGGUGCAGCAGCAGCAGCAGCAGCAGUCCAUGCAGUUCCAACAGUUCCAGCAGCAGCAGCAGAACGCAGCCCUCCAGCAGCAGCUCAGGGCGCAGCAGCUGCAGCAGCUACAGCAGCAGCAGGCCCAGAACCAGCAGCUACAGAAUCAGCAGAUGCAUCAGAACCGUAUUCAACAGCAGCACAUGCUGCAGUUGCAGCAGCAGCAACAACAACAGCAGCAGCAGCAGCAACAACAGCAGGCUCAGGUUCAGUCCAUCCAACAGAUGGUGCAACAGCAGCAGCAGGUUCAGCCUGGUCAGAUGCCUCCACACACUCAGCAGCAGCAGCCCGGAAUGAUGCCUCAGUCUCUACCAGGACAGAUGACAUCAGUUCAACAUGUUUCCCUCAGCGCCCUGAACCAUCAGCAGCAGCAGCUGAAGUUCCAGCAGACUCGGGCGACCUUACCCCCUCAGCAGGUCACUGCUCAGUCGCAGCUCAAUGCUGCUGCAGCAGCAGCGGCCGCCGCUGCAGCAGCGGCUGCUGCCGUACCUGGACAGACGGUUCGUCCUCCCAUUCAGAAUCUGGUCCGGCAGCCGCGACCCCCGCUGAACUCCUCCAUCCCUCCUCCUAACGCUGCUGCAGGGAUCGGAGCACAGAUGAUGUCGCAGCAGGGGCAGCAGCACUCCAUGAUGUCAUCACCUCUACAGGUGCACACACCUCAGAUGCCACCUCCUCCCCAGCCAUCACCACAGCCUCCCACCUCCCAGCCCAACUCAGCCAGCUCUGGACCAACACCGUCUCCAGGGGGGUUUCAGCCCAGUCCGUCCCCUCAGCCGUCUCCCAGCCCGGUCACCUCUAGAACCCCCCAGCCGAGCCUCAGCGUGGCCUCACCUGGACCACUCAAUACUCCAGGUAAUCCCAACUCGGUGAUGAGUCCGGCCGGAGCCACGUCUCUGGAGGAGCAGCAGUACAUGGAAAAACUCAAGCAGCUGUCCAAGUACAUAGAGCCGCUUCGCCGGAUGAUCAACAAGAUCGACAAGAAUGAAGACAGGAAAAAGGACCUGAGUAAGAUGAAGAGCUUGCUGAACAUCCUCACUGAUCCAACCAUCAGAUGUCCUCUGAAGACGCUGGAGAAAUGUGAGAUUGCUUUAGAAAAGCUGAAGAACGAUAUGGCCGUGCCAACUCCGCCUCCUCCGCCCAUUCCUACCAAGCAGCAGUAUCUCUGCCAGCCGCUGCUCGAUGCUGUCAUGACCAACAUCCGCUCUCCAGUCUUCAACCACUCCCUGUACCGGACGUUCGCCCCCGCCAUGAGCGCCAUCCACGGGCCACCCAUCCUGGGGCCCAACAUCUCUGGGAGGAAGAGGAAGCAUGAGGAGGACGAGCGACAGACCAUCCCCAACAUUCUACAGGGGGAGGUGGCCCGCCUCGACAUAAAGUUUCUGGUCAACCUUGACCCCUCGUUCUGCAGCAACAACGGCACCGUGCACCUCAUCUGCAAGUUGGAUGAUAAAAACCUUCCCAGCGUUCCUCCUCUGCAGCUCAGUAUUCCUGCCGACUAUCCGGAUCAGAGCCCAUACUGGGAUGAUGAUGGCGAGCAGUACGGUGUGAACAGUUUCCUACAGACGGUCCACAGGAACAUGACAUCCAAACUGCUGCAGCUGCCAGACAAACACUCUGUGACAGAGCUGCUAACCACCUGGGUUCAGAGUGUCCGCCAAGCUUGUCUGUCUGCAGCUUGAAGCCCCUGCCUACUUGAGGCCACGCCCAUCCAAAGUGACUCACACUGCAUAUGACACUACCUUCAUUUCACGUUCUGACAUGAACAGCUCUGCAGACGUUCAGUAUGCUGCUGGUUUCCUGAAUGCAUCAUGGUUUUGGCUCUCUCAGCGCUGGUAAAACAGAUUUGCCUCCUGAAUAAAUGUGUUUUGUUUUUUUUUUGUAAUAAAUUUUGUUCUAAGCCUUA